AUGCAGCUCGGGGGACGAGGCAGGUCGUGGCCGAGGGCGAGCCUCCGGCUUCGGCCCGAACCGGGCCUGCCCUCGAGGGCGGGGUUCGGAGGGGCGGAGGUGGGUGGUUUGUGUGGGCCGUGCAUGGGGGUGGUCGGGGUGGCGAGGGCGAGCCACGUGUCCCCUCCCGAGGGGCCAGCGAUAGCCCCGCCCCGCGCCAGCCUGGCGGGGGACUCACGCGAGGGAGUUGGCCGACCUGACGCUCGGUCGACCGUCACCCCCCUGCGUCGAGCGUCGUUGGCUCUGGUGGCUCCCAACUAUGCCUAUGGUGCUGUGUCCCUCUCCAAUGUCAUCUCGUCCGGGUGCCAAUACGAGGCUCUCAAGUACGUGAGCUUCCCUCUGCAGACCAUAGCCAAGUCAUCCCGCAUGGUGCCCGUGCUGGUAAGCUUCACCAACACGUUUCAGGGAAAGCAGUUUGAGGGGUAUUACAUGCCACCCCUUCUCCCUCUCUCUGUGUCCUGCUCCUUGCGCCUCUCCUUGCGCCUCUCCUUGCGCCUCUCCUUGCGCCUCUCCUUGCGCCUCUCCUUGCCUCUAUCCUUGCGCCUCUCCUUGCGCCUCUCCUUGCGCCUCUCCUUGCGCCUCUCCUUGCGCCUCUCCUUGCCUCUAUCCUUGCGCCUCUCCUUGCGCCUCUCCUUGCGCCUCUCCUUGCGCCUCUCCUUGCGCCUCUCCUUGCGCCUCUCCUUGCGCCUCUCCUUGCGCCUCUCCUUGCGCCUCUCCUUGCGCCUCUCCUUGCGCCUCUCCUUGCGCCUCUACUUGUGCCUCUCCUUGUGCCUCUCCUUGCGCCUCUCCUUGCCCUUCUCCUUGCGCCUCUCCUUGCGCCUCUCCUUGCGCCUCUCCUUGCGCCUCUCCUUGUGCCUCUCCUUGCGCCUCUCCUUGCGCCUCUCCUUGCGCCUCUCUUUGCCCCUCUCCUCGUCCCUCUCCGCCUGUCCCCUCAAACUCAUCCCUCCCCUCUUCCCCCCCUUUGACGGCUUCACCAACACGUUUCAGGACAAGCUGUUUGAGGGCUAUGACAUGCCCGCAGCCAACCAGGUGCUCUUCAUCACGCUCUGCUCCUCCGUCAUCAGCCUGCUGGGCCUGCGCGAAGCCCGAGCAAUGGCCAUCAUGCGCCAUCCUAUUGUGUUGUUCUAUCACCAUGUUGCCUUGCCAUAUUUUAUGUGUUCCCGUCCCGGCCCCUCCCGUUCUUCCCCAUCUGCCCCCACCAGGCCUGCGCCAGGACCUAUCAGCGGCCAUCGCAUUCAUCAUGCGCCAUCCCGACUGUGCCGCUCCAUCACCAUGUUGCCUUGCCAUACGUUUUGUGUUCCUGCCCGGUCCCCACCUUCCCGCCUGCCCCCACCAGGCCUGCGCCAGGACCUAUCAGCAGCUAUCGCAUUCAUCGUGUGCCAUCCCGACUGUGCCCUCCACAUCGCAGUGCUCUCUGUGGUGACCACCAUAAGCCAGUUCUUCAUCUCCUACACCAUCAAGACAGCAACCGUUUCACCCUUUCUCUCCCUGCCUCCCCCUGCCGCCUGCGCCCACAAGGCGGCCACAAGGCGGCCACAAUCAGCCAGGUCUUCAUUCAUCUCCCACACUCCAUCAGCACAGCAGCCGUGCCUCCCUUCCUCCUUACCAACUGUUUCCCCGUUCCCCCCUUUCCCCCGUCCAGCUGUUCCCCCCUUCCUCCUCCCAUCUCCCCCACCAGGCGGCCACCAUAAGCCAGUUCUUAAUCUCCCACACACUUCAUCAGCACAGCAGCCAUUCCUCCCUUCCCCCUUACCACAUGUUCGUCCACCCUCCUGCCCCCCAUACCCCAUCAGGCGGCCACCAUAA